AAAUUGGGCCGCCCCGAGCGCGCGCGGUCUUUUUCUCGAGGCGCCCCUCGCUCGGAGCGUGUCAGUGCGGCUCCGCCUGCCCCUCUCGGUCCUGCGGUCGGCCGUCUCCCGGCGUAGUGCGGAGCGAGGCCUGGCGGCCCCUGCUCGAGGCCCGCGUCGUCAUGGCCGCGGUUCCCGAGUUGCUGCAGCAGCAGGACGAGGACCGCAGCAAGCUGAGAUCAGUGUCUGUGGACCUGAAUGUGGACCCCUCCCUUCAGAUUGACAUACCUGACGCGCUCAGCGAGAGAGAUAAGGUCAAAUUCACAGUGCACACCAAGACCACACUGCCAACAUUUCAGAGCCCGGAGUUUUCUGUUACAAGACAGCAUGAAGAUUUUGUGUGGCUUCAUGACACACUUAGUGAGACAGCAGAGUACGCGGGGCUUAUUAUCCCACCUGCACCCACCAAACCAGACUUUGAUGGACCGCGAGAGAAGAUGCAAAAGCUAGGAGAGGGUGAAGGUUCUAUGACCAAAGAAGAAUUUGCUAAAAUGAAGCAAGAACUAGAGGCUGAGUAUCUCGCUGUCUUUAAGAAGACUGUGUCCUCUCAUGAAGUCUUUCUCCAACGACUUUCUUCUCAUCCUGUGCUCAGUAAAGAUCGCAACUUUCAUGUUUUCCUGGAAUAUGAUCAGGAUCUAAGUGUCAGGCGGAAAAAUACCAAAGAGAUGUUUGGUGGCUUUUUCAAAAGUGUGGUGAAAAGCGCUGAUGAAGUCCUGUUUUCUGGAGUUAAGGAGGUAGAUGACUUCUUUGAGCAAGAGAAGACCUUCCUCAUUAACUAUUACAAUAGAAUCAAGGAUUCCUGUGGAAAAGCUGACAGAAUGACCAGAUCUCAUAAAAAUGUGGCAGAUGACUAUAUCCACACUGCAGCCUGCCUGCACAGCCUGGCUUUGGAAGAGCCCACGGUCAUUAAAAAGUACCUGUUGAAGGUUGCUGAACUAUUUGAAAAACUUAGGAAAGUAGAGGGUCGAGUGUCAUCCGACGAAGACUUGAAGCUGACAGAGCUCCUCCGGUACUACAUGCUCAACAUAGAGGCCGCAAAGGACCUCUUGUACAGGCGAACCAAAGCCCUCAUUGACUACGAGAACUCCAACAAGGCCCUGGACAAAGCCCGCUUGAAAAGCAAGGAUGUUAAGUUGGCUGAGGCACACCAGCAGGAAUGCUGCCAGAAGUUUGAACAGCUGUCCGAGUCUGCGAAAGAAGAACUGGUAAAUUUCAAGCGGAAGAGAGUGGCCGCAUUUAGAAAGAAUCUAAUUGAAAUGUCUGAACUGGAAAUAAAGCAUGCCAGGAACAACGUCUCCCUUUUGCAGAGCUGCAUAGACUUGUUCAAGAACAACUGAUCUACCCUUCCUCUGAAGGAAGGAAAUGAAUGUGAAGAAAACCAGCAUCACUUGCACUUAAUCAUUACCAUGGAAGAUUUAUUAACCUUGACUUUAGUUAAAAAAAAAUUAUGUGAAAUAUUUUUGAUUUCUAAAAAUCUUAACACUUAAACCAUGUUGGUUUAAGAUAUUUCUAUUGCAUGCUAUUGGGACAUAACUAAUCUCUUCCUUAUGCAUCAAUACCUCAAAGUGGGUAGGUCUAAGUACUGGAUUCUUCUGUAGUUUUGUCAUUUGUUACAAGAGGGUGUAGGAGACAUGUGCCUUCUGGAAACAAAUGCAGGCAAUCGCCGGCACGUGCUCUUGAGGUCCACGUGCUCGGGUCCUCACACACCAACCUAGUCAGCAAGGCGCCGUUACACAAGUAGGUAACAGACAUUCCAUUGUUGUACUACAUUAUUCUCUGUCCCUCAUGGUUCUUUAGUCAUCCAGAGUGUUUGUACUAGAACAGUCUCGGAUAAAUCUUUGUAUUCCCCUUGCAGCUCCAUUUUUGUAGUUGAGAUUUGAAAUACCUAAGGGGAAAUGUGUCCUUGGGUACGCACGGCGACAAAUGUGGCUACAAGAAGAUGGGAGCUCCCUGCCUGCCAUGCUGGGGGCGCGGGUGGGCUUGGUCUUCAAUAAAGCAUACGUAAGAGACUGUG